CUGAUGUACGAUUAACGUGUCAAGACAGGGAUUGUUUUAUAACCGGAUCUCGACAGAUGCUCAGAUUACCGGAGAGCUCUUGUACUGCACCUGCUGAUGCUCUCAGCUCAUGCAGCUCUUCUCGAGUUCAUCUUUUAUUUAUAGUUUGGACGGAGGCGUGUCUUCACUGAUCACCGAUCAACUGAGGCGGGUCCGUCACACUCGCGCUCGUAUCAUAUUUAGCGUUAUUCCCGUGUAUGUCGGAGCGAUGUUUCACUGUCGGGGGAACGUUUCUGGAGCGACUUUAUUGCCGCGCGUUCUGUACGCGAGCCGCGCAUUGCAUAACCACCGCGCGAUGUGCUGCUGUCGCGUCUACCGGAGAUUAACGGCGAUGCACGCUGUUGUAUCCCGUUCACGCGAGACUCCGCCGCCGGACCUCGCUGCACGCGCUCGGAUGGCGGUGUUUGCUUUGAACGCUGCCGCGCCGCGCCGCGAAUACAGCGACGCGAGGAACGGCGAUCGAAGCGUGCUCGGACUCGGUGAACUUGAGUCGCUCCCACCCGCUCGUUCUCCAGCUCCGGUCGCGAUCCAGACGAGACGAUCCUCCACGACUCCCGAGAAAACGCAAGAAGAACGCGCCGCUAACACUCAAACGGUGUCGUCUGUGUCCGGCGCUGAAGGUCAGAGGUCAGAUGAGAAGCCCAGUAAGACGCAGCAGCUCAGGAAGGUGUUUAAGGAGUACGGCUCCGUCGGCAUUUCCUUCCACAUCGGAAUCUCGCUCAUUUCUCUGGGAAUGUUCUACCUCGCUGUGUCCAGCGGGCUGGACGUGACGGCUCUGCUGUGUAAGCUGGGCUUCAGUGAGUCUGUGGUUCAGUCGCGGCUGGCUGCUGGCACCAGUACGUUUGUGUUAGCGUACGCCGUCCACAAGCUCUUCGCUCCGCUGCGGAUCAGCAUCACGCUGGUGUGUGUGCCUCUGAUCGUCAGACACCUCCGGAGGACGGGACUCUUCAGAGCCGGUCCAAACCGUCCAUAAGCUCCUCUGUCGGCUCCACUCAUGACACUAACUCCUCCAGCGCUUCUCCAGAGCGGACCGUGUGCACGCCGUGUGGAUAUUAACACGCGUGUGAUGAAUCGAGUGCCUCUUUCUGAUCAGGACUUCAUGAAUGUUCUUUAGUUUUAAACUCUGCAGUCCUUGUGAAGUCCGUCGACAUUUAUUCAUUUUAGCAGCUGUGAUUUAUUAAAUUUUUUUGUAAAUGAAAGAGUUAAUGAAGGACUGUGAUGGUUUGUUUUAUGGUUUGAGACGGUUGAAUUAAUUUUGUUCACACUAAUGUGAAUCGCCUCUUUCAAAAAGGAUUUUAAAGCAGGUUUCAGGACAAUUUUGAAUUAUGACUGUUAAUUAUAUUGCAAUUCUCAUUAUGUAAUAUUAUUGGAAAUCUUAAUGAUGUUAUUUUUGGCUGUUUAAUUAUAUAAUAAAAUAUUUGCUCUAUAA